AUGGGCAUCACCACUGAGUCGUACGACCCCGACACUGCAGACGCUUGGCUUGUUUGCGAUACAUGCGGCACACAGUUCCCUACCGGUGAUGGCAGCAAAGUCAAGACGUGCCAUAUCUGCGAUGACCCUCGGCAGUUUGUGCCGGCGUCGGGACAGUCGUUUACUCCGCUGGGGGAGCUAAAGAAGAAACACAAGAACGAAUGGACGCCGUGUGCUUCGGAUCCGAACAUCACGUUUAUAUCGUCCACGCCCAGACUGGCUAUCGGGCAACGCGCUAUCUUGAUCAAGACGCCCAAGGGCAAUAUCCUGUGGGACUGCAUCUCGCUUCUCGACGAUGAGACUAUCGAGCGAAUUAAUGAUCUGGGUGGUCUCAGGGCUAUUGUUAUAAGCCACCCGCACUUCUACAGCACCCAUGUCCAAUGGGCCCGCGCCUUUGCAUGUCCAGUGUACCUAUCAUCCGAAGACAAGACCUGGACGACACUAUCGUCAACACACCAAGUCUUCCUCACAGAAGCCUCGACACCCAUCUUGGAUACAGGUGCCACGGCGAUCAAGCUCGGCGGACACUUCCCAGGCUCACUGGUUCUGCACUACAACACGCGGCUCUUCAUCGCCGACACGCUCAUGACCACUGCGUCGGGCGUCGGGAACUGGGACGUGGACGCCACGGGUGCCGAGCGGUCGAGACCAGAGGGGUUGAACUCGUUCUCGUUCCUGUGGAGUAUCCCGAACUUCAUCCCGUUGGGCGUGGAGGAUAUGGUGAGGAUGUGGAAGGCGCUGAGGGACGUGGACUUUACAGCUACGCAUGGUGGAUUUAUGGGGAUGGAUAUUGAGCAUGAGAGUGUCAAGGAGAGGGUUCUGGAGAGUAUGAAGAUCCAGGCGAGGUUUAUUGGGGAGAAGGCGUUUGAAGAGAAGCUGUAG